AUGAAUGAAUUUUUAAAAUCACUACUUAUAGACAAUAUUUAUAGAAAAAUAGAAAAUCAUCUUGAAGAACAAGUAAAGUUUACAGGAACAAAGUUUGAUAAUAAAGGUGAUGACUAUCCACUCUCUGCAACAGCUUUACUGUCACCAGCAUAUAUAGGCAUUGAGGAACUUCCACAUAUGCCAUUUUUGUCAUUGUAUUUGCAAUUAGGUGCAACAAGAUGUAAAAUUGAAGAAGUUUUAAAAAAUUAUCAAACAGAUGAUGAUGAAACAAGAGAAAAUUUUAUUAAGAAGAUUAGAAUUGAUGACAAUAAUGAUGUCUCAAAUGCUGAAAUCAUAGCAUUCCGUAAACAUUUUCAGAUGCCACUUGCAUUAUUUGGGUUAUCUUCAAAUAUCUAUAGUUUUUUGAAACAGUUUAUAUCAAAUCUCACAACCUCAUCAUUAGAUCUCACAAGUAGCUUUAAGCAAUUAUUGACUGCUUGA